AUGGGCUCCCAGGGCAGCCCGGUGAAGAGCUACGACUAUCUGCUCAAGUUCCUGCUGGUGGGCGACAGCGACGUGGGCAAGGGCGAGAUCCUGGAGAGCCUGCAGGACGGCGCGUCCGAGUCCCCGUACGCCUACAGCAACGGGAUUGACUAUAAGACAACCACCAUCCUGCUGGACGGCCGGCGCGUCAAGUUGGAGCUCUGGGACACGUCGGGCCAGGGCAGGUUCUGCACCAUCUUCAGGUCAUACUCCAGGGGUGCUCAGGGGAUCCUCCUGGUGUAUGACAUCACCAACCGCUGGUCCUUCGAUGGCAUUGACCGCUGGAUCAAGGAGAUCGAUGAGCACGCGCCUGGGGUCCCCCGGAUCCUGGUGGGAAACCGGCUGCACCUGGCCUUCAAGCGGCAAGUCCCAACAGAGCAGGCACGUGCAUAUGCAGAGAAGAACUGCAUGACCUUCUUUGAGGUCAGCCCGCUGUGCAACUUCAAUGUGGUGGAGUCCUUCACCGAGUUGUCGCGCAUUGUGCUCAUGCGGCAUGGCAUGGAGAAGAUCUGGAGGCCCAAUCGAGUGUUCAGCCUGCAGGACCUGUGCUGCCGUGCCAUCGUAUCCUGCACGCCCGUGCACCUCAUCGACAAGCUCCCGCUGCCUGUCACCAUCAAGAGCCACCUCAAGUCCUUCUCCAUGGCCAAUGGCAUGAACGCCGUUAUGAUGCAUGGCCGCUCCUACUCGCUGGCCAGCGGGGCGGGGGCCAGCAGUACCAAGGGCAGCAGCCUCAAGAGGUCCAAGUCCAUCCGCCCACCCCAGAGCCCACCCCAGAACUGCUCGAGGGGCAACUGCAAGAUCUCCUAG